GUGACAGUACAGAGGGGUGUGUGUGUUCAAGGCGGGCUUGACUAACACGAAUAUAUAUGUGGAUUGUCUUCCUUUACCGUUUUGUGAUCGCUCUGGAAAAUAUAGAGAAUUGACGUUUAUUAUUUAAUAUUUGAAGGAAAUUUUACUUUCUCUUUUAUUUAUUGCUAAAGGGGAUGUGACUCUUGCUCUGCCUCUACGGAUCUUAUACUUGGAUGUAGACAAUGCGUGACAGUGUCAUGCGUGGAUAAAUGUCAGUGGGCUUGAGAUCGCUUUCUGUUUCAAUUUUACGAAAAUUUGCAACAUUGGAUGUUUUAAACUCGGUUUCCUUUGAGAAGAGGUGAACACAGUUGACAUGGCCAACAUGAAGUCUCGCAGCGAGGAUGAGGAUGAUGAGCGUCAUUCUACAGACCCUGAAAGCAGAGACCCCAAAAAUUCUAAGAAGACCCUCUGCAAAAUUAAAUGGUCCCGAGAAGAGGAUGAAAAGCUCAAGAAACUUGUUGAACAACAUGGAACCGAUGGGUGGAAAUUAAUCGCUGGUUAUUUUCCGACAAGGACAGAUGGCCAAUGUCAGCACCGUUGGCAAAAAGUGCUCAAUCCGGAGCUGGUAAAAGGACCUUGGACAAAAGAGGAAGAUCAGAGGGUGAUUGAGCUGGUUCAUAAGUACGGGCCCAAACGCUGGUCGGUGAUUGCUAAGCACUUACAGGGACGCAUAGGCAAACAAUGCAGAGAGCGCUGGCACAACCACCUCAACCCGGAGGUGAAGAAAUCCUCCUGGACGAAGGAAGAAGAUCGCAUCAUCUAUGAAGCUCAUAAGCGAUUGGGCAACCGCUGGGCAGAGAUCUCAAAACUUCUGCCUGGAAGGACUGACAACUCCAUUAAGAAUCAUUGGAACUCCACCAUGCGCAGGAAGGUGGAACAUGAAGGUUACUUGCAGGAAGUCAGCAAGAGCUACAGCAGUCACACGGGUCAGAAGAAAAAGUCCAAAGCCAGAUCAGUGGAAUAUCCUCAAAAUGAAAUGCUCAUGAGUGGCCAAUCACAGCUGCCCAGAUACCCGUAUGGUUCACAAGGUGGCCAGUGUAUGGAAAACUUUACUGUUGAGGUCUCUAGCUUUUUGUCGCCGUGCAACGACGACCCAGACAAAGAGAAAAGAAUUAAGGAGCUAGAGCUGUUGCUAAUGUCAGCUGAGGGUGAAGUCAGAAGACAGUCGGGCGCUCGUAACCCAGAGAGUUACUCCAGCUGGUCAGACAGUCUGCUGGGAGAUACCACAGAUAGUCUGGAUGAGAGAGGGGUGGAGCUGUGUCGAUUAGAGGAGGAUCAGCCUGCUGCUAUGCCUCUACCCGUCUCUCCUAGCAAGUUCCUGGCUGCUGAGGCCAAUGCUGUGCUCUCAACACUAGAGACCAUACCAGAGUUUGCAGAAACCAUGGAGCUUAUUGACUCGGAUCCCAUGGCCUGGAGUGAUGUGACCGGCUUUGAUCUAUCUGAGGGUGGCCCCUCCCCGAAGCCCACUAACCCCACCCGGGCUUGUCCUAGCCUGGAAAGGAACACAGAGAACCUGGGCUACCCAAUAAAUCCUCCCACUGUCCCAGAGAUGAGCAGGCAGUGUGCUGUUGUGAACCAAGGCAAGUCUGUGGCUCUAUCUAACCUCUGCGUGAACAGGUUCAGCUCUCCACCACCAUCUAUGAUGAGGAAGAAGAGAAGAGAAAGAGGAGAUAGAUCACCUACAGAUGAGAGAAACUGCAGCCCUUACAGAGUCAGCAUUGGCACCUCGCCAAAAAACACCCCGGUAAAGGGUCUGCCGUUCUCACCGUCUCAGUUUUUUAAUGUGUCUGGCGGUGAGCACUUAAGUUUGGACAAUCCUGCACUUACAUCUACCCCAGUAUGUGGACAAAAGUGUCUGCUUGGUACACCCCACCAGAGAGAGACCACUCCAAAACACCAGAAGGAAAAUGCAGGUUUUAGGACCCCAAAGGUUCACAAGAACAUUAUGGUCCACACUCCAAGAACGCCAACUCCUUUUAAAAAUGCCCUGGCAGCCCAGGAGAAGAUGCACGGGCCAUUAAGAAUGGUGCCUCAGCCGCUGGCACAUCUUGAGGAGGACAUCAGAGAGGUUCUUAAAGAGGAAACAGGGUCUGACAUCUUCACACAAGAACAGAACCAGCUUCAGUACAGAACGUAUGAGCAGAUGGAAGCUCCUGCUAGAAAAGUAAGAAAGUCUCUGGCUUUGGACAACUGGGGAAAAGACUGUUUGAACGUACAGCUGUUUCCCCAACAGCAGAUGAACAACAAUGGAACGUCUGACGGUGAUGCUAUGCUGACCAGAGCCAUGCUCAUGAUGCCAUUAACCAAGAGAGAGGAGAUCUCUUGCUCUUCUGGAUCUCUGAAGACUUCACUUCCCGUUCUCUGCUCUCUUAGCCCUCAAGGCAAGAGAGAAACCAUGACCCAGAGGAGCCCAACAUGCCAAAACCCCAUGCCGCAGGCCAACAACCAGUGGGAGGCGGUGGUCUUUGGUAAAACUGAGGAUCAGCUGAUAAUGACCGAGCAGGCCAGACGAUACUUAAACCCCACCACCUGCAUUUCCAGAGCUCUCGUCCUUUGAGCAUCACCCGCUGUACUUUCCUCCAUCACGCCAACUCUUAACCUCCUAGACAAUCUUGAUGUGUAGGGAACCCAAACAGUCACUAUGCUAAAUACCUACUGAUGUAACAAUGUACUGCUUGGGUUAAAAAGACUCACGCGGAGUCAUAGCAAAAAGCAUGCUGGUUGACUUCCUGCUUAUAUAGCACUAGAUUGGCAGAAUGUAGCUUACAGCGUUUUAACAUUGAGAUGAAUCCCAUACGUUUUUAGUUAUAGACAGUGCUGAUUUUAAGGGCUAAACACUUUUUAGGGAUUGUUUUUAAGCUUUUUAUAGAAUUGUAUAGACUGGUGUUAAGCAUAGGGAGCACUAGCAGUGUUGCACUACUGUGGUUGGUUGUUAGGGUGCGGAGCAGCGACGGUGUUGAUGGGUAACUAGAUAGCACUUGCAACGUAAUCGUUUCCGCUCCAAGCGUAACAGGUUCCACCCCGAUGUUUAUUCGUUAUUCUGAGUAGGACACUCACUGAAUGUAUUGUAUAAGUUAAUGUCUACUGGAAGGUACCGCACAAUUUUUAGGGUCUUAUCUGUUUUGAAGUGAAGGUUGUUGAAAUGCAUUUGGAGACGUAACAUCGCUGACUCGAUCCAGGAUCUUCGCUGCUCGUGAAAUUUAGCCGAAAUCAUGCUUGGUACCCAUAUCGAUGCAUUAUAAGUAACCCGUUCCAAGAACAGAUUUGUUCAUUUAAAGCUGUAGGUUCUAUUUAUUAAAUUUUUACUAAUUUAUUUAUUUCAAAGAUAUAAAGAAAAUAUCUAAUUAUAUUUCCGUUCCAUUAAGGAUUUGACUUCCUUCCAUCACAUUUUUUUUCAUAACACUGCUACUAAUUUCUUGCAUCCAUCCUCCAAUUUGGUUGACCAAGCAGCAUUCAGCCUCCAUAUGUUUCAAGUAGGAAAAUUGCACUUUUAAAUGUAUAAUUGUUGGUUCGUCUAUUGUAUCUAUUUUGUUUUAUGCCCUCCCUGUAGUGUUUACAAUUUGCUGUAUGUAGGGAUUUGUUGGUGGCUGAAUGUACUGACACAUAUCAUUAAAACACUGACAUCUGAAGGAAUAUAUGGUGUAAAUGUACAGAGUUUGGCACUCUGGCGAAUGUAUGUAAGGUUUUACUCGCUGCUACUGACAGUUACGGCAGAAAUGGACACGUACACGUCUAUUAAAGGAAGAGUAGUUGCUUUGCUCUCAUAUGUUUUUGUUUUUUAUUUUGUACUCAUGUGAACUAGUUCCAGGUGUUUUGCAUUGAUCCUCUUUAGUCGGGGCAAAUAUAGACUCCAAUGUUAAAGGUUUUGUCAGUAUUAGAGCGAUUCUAACUUAACACAUUGGUCUUAUUAAGUAUGAUGCUUUGUAAAACGUUACUUUAUGCGACUGUAAUCUUUUUAAAACACAAAGACUGACCAUUUGUAUUUAAAACACUACUACAUUGAAGUCUACACAUUGUGCAAAUAAUCUCUGACUGCACCAUAUUUGUAAAAAAAACAAACAAAUCUAAAUUGUAACAUUGUAGAUAACCACCUAAAGAUAUUUUGUUCCUUAUUUUGGUAUGUAUAAUUGUUUGUCAUGUAUUUUCCUGUUUUUACGUUCUAACUGCUUAUAUGUUGGUGGAAGUGAGGAAAUGUAGCAAAUGUACAUGCAUGAAAGCAAACAGCACGUUCACGUAUCAUACAAUAUAUUUUAUGUACUUGACAAUAACCUGCUUUUCUGAUAAUACAACAAAUCCAUCCAAUAGCCUCAUAUGUUCUCAUUCACAUACCUAAAAAUAAAUAAAUAAAUGCUUUUCGAAAGUGAC